GGACUUUAUGAGUAUAAAGUGUUUGGUGUUCUGGAAGGCUGUUCGCCAGCUCUACUUGCAGAUAUGUACAUGGACUUAGACUACAGGAAAACCUGGGACCAACAUGUGAACGAACUCCAAGAAAAGGAGUGUGAUGGACAGAUGGUGGCAUACUGGGAAGUGAAGUACCCUUUCCCUUUGUCCAACAGAGAUUACGUCUACAUCCGCCAGCGGCGAGACAUGGAUGUGGACGGAAGGAAGAUCUACGUGGUCCUGGCCCAGAGCAUCUCGGUACCUCAGUUUCCUGAGAAGUCUGGGGUGAUCCGAGUGAGGCAGUACAAGCAGAGCCUGGCGAUCGAGGGCGAUAGCAAGAAGAGGAGCAGAGUUUUCAUGUACUACUUUGAUAACCCGGGUGGCCAAAUUCCGUCCUGGAUCAUUAACUGGGCAGCCAAGAAAGGAGUUCCCGGCUUUUUGAAAGACAUGAUAAAAGCUUGUCAGAAUUACCCCAAGAAAACCUAA